AUGUCACCUUCACUCCGAGUCGCCAUUUCCGGAGGUGGUCUAGGGGGUGCGACCCUCCUUCACGCACUUCUGCCCCAUGCCCACCUGGACGUGCACAUCUUUGAGUCGGCCCCAGUGUUCAAAGAAGCCGGUAUGGCCAUCGGGAUCACUCGAAACGCACUGGACGCCUUGGGUCUCAUCGGUCCCUCGGCUAGACAAUGCCUCGAGCGGGCCGGGGCUGUUCCGAUGCGAGGUGUUCGACUUAUGCUUGCCCAGGGCGAGAAAGCUGGUAGCAUGAUUGACGAAUUAAAUGGAGAAGGUCCAGAUGAACGAGUCACCAGCAUUGUUCACCGAGCUGAUUUCUUACGUGAGACUCUUGCUGGUGUUCCUCAGGAACGCAUGCAUGCGUCUAAGAAACUCGUCACAUUUGACAAGAACAGUGACGGAUCACUUACGCUUCACUUCGCCGAUGGGACAACUCACGACUGUGAUGUUCUUAUUGGAGCUGAUGGUAUCCGUAGCACAGUUCGCAGGCUUCUCCUCGGUGAGGAUGAGCCCUCUGCCUUCCCCAGGAACAGCUGUGCGUGGGGUGUCAUGACCUUGCAGCCAUAUGAGAAGGCACAAGCUGUCAUCGGCAAAGAAACCAUCAACAUUGGAAAUGCUCGUGAGCACGCAUGGAUUGGCGAUGGCACUUUUCUCAUGCACAAUGUUUUGAGUGGGGGCCAGUUAGUCCAAUUAGUUGUCGGCGGGUACGACGACGAGGCAAAGGCAGCAGGUCAGUGGCAGCGAAUUGUACCAGCCGAUGAGAUGAGAGAACUCUUCAAAAACCACCCAACAAAUCUGAAGAAUGCAGUAGAAGAGCCUGAACAACCCGGCUUUUAUUGCUGGGAGCAUCCAUCUGCUCCGACCUACGCAGAAUGUACUGUAUGCGUUAUGGGUGAUGCUGCACACGCCACGACACCCUGGCAGAGCUCUGGAGCUGGAAUGUCCCUCGAGGAUGCCCUUAUUCUCUCAACAUUACUUGGUCUCGCAAAGACCCGCACCGAAGCUCAAAGCGCUCUUAAGGUUUAUGAUCAAGUCCGCCGCCCUCGUACACAAUACAUCGUCGACUCGAGCCGAGUCACUGGGCGCAUUUUGUCUGGCCUGGGUGAGGAGACGGGUCUGGAUAUUGAGAAGCUGAAAGCUAAAACACUUCCGAGAUGGCCUUAUAUUGUGGACUUUGACAAUGAGAAAGCUCGUGAUGAGGCUGUGGAAUUGAUGAAAAAGGAGUUGGCGUCUUGA